GGAAUUUCCUCUUCCGGCUAAGCAACUGGAGGGUGAUGGCGUCGCUGGUUCCUCUUGUUCUGUUUCAAGGGGUCGAAGCUGCUCCCGGGAGGUUCUGCAGCCUGUGCAGAAUGGAUUAAUGGAUUAAUGAAAUUAAUCCAUUAAUAUGAAACUUAUAGACAAAGAGGAUACCAAGGGAUCAGAAGUAUUUUUCACUCCCUCAUGAAUCCAAGAAUAUCAGUGUUGGAAAAACGCCAAAGACAGGCUAUUAUGGGAAAAACACAGAUUGCAGAUCACAGCCUCAUGUCACUAGGUGGAGCUCUGAACACGACUCCAGUGCCUAGAAAACUGAGCUGAAAGCCAUUGAAACCAUCGAUUAUUGCUAGAAAAGAUGUCAAGGAGUGGAGAAGGGCAGAGGAACUUCCUCUUCCGGCUCAUUCGUGGGAGGAUGGAGGCCUGGGGGGGGGGCAGUCCUGUUCUUCCCAGGGUCGAAGCCGCAGCUGGCUGACAAAGAGGAUGCCAAGAAGAGCACUCUGGACAACAGAGAAUGCGAAGCAGCAUUAAAAUGCAAAACAACCCAUCAUUCAAAAUCUUUUCCACUUCAUUGUGAACUCUCCUCAUUCCUCUGCAGAUGAACGACAAGGGAGAGAAUAACAAGAACAAGGUUUUGAGCUGGAUAAAAUAGAGUAUGUGGAACUCGAAGAAUCAUUACAACAUGUGGAACCGAAGGAAACAAGAACCACGGUGGCGCAGUGGUUAGAAUGCAGUACUGCACGCUACUUCUGCUGACUGCUGUCUGCCUGCAAUUUCAGAUCAGUUCAAAUCUCACCAGGCUCAAGGUUGACUCAGCCUUCCAUCCUUCCGAGGUGGGUAAGAUUGUUGGGGGCAACAUGCUGACUCUGUAAACCGCUUCAAGGGGGCUGUAAAAGCACUGUGAAGCGGUGAAUAAGUCUAAAUGCUGUUGCUAUUGCUAUUACAUGAGAAGUCAAGGGGGAUAAUUUCCAAAUAAAGAAAAAAUUGGAAACACCUGGAAGUCAGUGAGAAGAAAAAAUAUUCCUUGGUAGCCAAAAUUGGCAGACAUUAUUUAAAGUCUUUGAGGAGGAGGCUUCAAUCAAUGCACCUCCAAGUAAUAGAUCAGAAAUAUUUUUGACUGCCUUAAGAGUCCAAAAAUAUCAGUGUUGGAAAAACUGCACAGACUGCCAAUUACUAGAAAAACACAGAUUGCAGGUUACCAGAGCAUGAUACCAUCAUCUUUUGAGACUGAAGGAUGCCAAUAGGUCACAGCUGCUUAUGCAAGAGAGAAUCCAUCCUGUGAAAAGCUAUACAAAUGUUUGGAGUGUGGUGACAGCUUUACUCAGAAAAGCUUCCUCAUGAUUCAUGGAAUGACCCAUACUAGAGACAAGCUCUACUAGUGCUCUCAAUGUGGCAAAAGAUUUACAAUGCACACCAAUCUGGUGAGACACAAGAGGACUCUCAAUGGAGAGAAAAACUUUGAAUGUCCUGAUUGUGGGAAAAGUUUCACUAGGAAUUCUCACCUGGUGAUACACCAGAGGACUCACACAGGAGAGAAACCUUAUAACUGUCGUGAUUGUGGGAAAAGUUUCUCUCGGAAUUACAACCUGGUGCUACACCAGAGGACUCACACAGAAGAAAAAUCAUAUCAGUGUCCGAAUUGUGGGAAAAGAUUCAGUCAGAAUUCCUACCUGGUGAAACACCAGAAGACUCACAGAGGAGAUAAACCCUUUGAAUGUCCUGACUGUGGGAAAACUUUCAGAGAGAAUUCUUACCUGGUGAAACACCAGAGGACUCACACAGGAGAAAACAGAUAUGAGUGUCUGGAUUGUGAGAAAACUUUCAAACAGAAUUCUCAUCUUGUAAUACACCAGAGGACUCACAUGGGAGAGAAACCAUAUAAGUGUCGUGAUUGUGGGAAAGGUUUUUCUCGGAAUUUCAACCUGGUGAUACACCAGAGAACUCACACAGGAGAAAAACCAUACGGGUGUCUGUUUUGUGGGAAAAGUUUUAUUCGAAAUUCAUACCUAUUGAAUCACCAGAGGACUAGCACAGGAGAAAACCCAUAUGAGUGUCUGGAAUGUAGGAAAACUUUCAUUCGAAAGUGCGACUUGGUGAUACACCAGAAGACUCACACAGGAGUGAAAUUAUAUGAGUGUUCGGAUUGUGGGAAAAGUUUCACUCGGAAUUCCAAGCUGGUAAUACACCAGAGGACUCACACGGGAGAGAAACCCUUUGAAUGUAUAUAUUGUGGGAAAAGUUUCAGUCAGAAUUCCAACCUGAUGAUACACCAGAGAACUCACACAGGAGAAAAACCGUAUCAGUGUUCCGAUUGUGGGGAAAGUUUCAGUCAGAAUUCCUACCUGGUGAAACACCAGAGGAUUCACACAGGAGAAAAACUAUAUGAGUGUAUGGAAUGUGGGAAAAGUUUCAUUCAAAAUUUGGACUUUGUGAUACACCAGAGGACUCAUACAGGAGAAAAACCAUAUGAGUGUCUGCUUUGCGGGAAAUGUUUCAUUCGGAAUUCCUACCUGAUGAAACAUCAGAGAACUCACACAGGAGGAAAACCAUAUCGGUGUUCGGAUUGUGGGGAAAGCUUCAGUCACAAUUCCUACCUGAUGAAACACCAGAUAAUUCAUACAGGAGAAAAACCAUAUGAGUGUGUUGAGUGUGGGAAAGGUUUCGUAAGGAAUUCCAGUUUGGUGACACACUGGAGGACUCACACAGGAGAGAAACCGUAUGAAUGUCCAGAUUGUGGGAAAGAUUUCAGUAGUAGGUCUAGCCUUAUAAAUCAUGUAAGGUUACACAUAGGGGAGAAACCAUUCAAAUGCUCAGAUUGCGGAAAGUGUUUCACACGGAAUUCCUCACUUAUCAAACACAAGAAAUUCCACAUGAGACAAAAUCUGAUGUGUGUAGAGGACUCUUGAACUUCAUUUCUUGUCUCUCAUUGGAAGACCAACUGAGAUAUUAAUUAUUUAAUUUCUUUCCUUACUCUAGUUAAACAUGUCUUAGUAUCAAACAUGAGUGAAGAGAUCUGAACCUCCUUUCACUGUCACAGUGUGGUUGUUCCCUUUCAUGGAGUACAGGGAUAAAGGAGUUUACCGUAUUUUUUAGAGUAUAAUAUGCCCCAGAGUAUAAGAUGUGCCUUAGUUUAUGGGGAGAAAAAUAAGAAAAAAUCCAGAAAAUCCAGAAAUAAGAAAAAAUGAUUGGCAGGUGGAUUGGCCUCCUGGAAUACCCCCAAUCAGCUGUUCCCAGAGGUGAAUUUUAACAACAGGUUCUUUGGUUCUGAGCUCUGUGUCUUGCUAUUUUUUUUUUGCUUUUUUUUCUGCCUCUGAAACUUCUGAAACUCCAUUUCAGAAAAAAACUUUUUUCUGCCUUUGAAAGCCUCCAAAACAGCUUCAGAAAAAAAAAAGCCUCUGAAGCUCUGUUUGGAGGCUUUUUUUCUGAAGCUCUGUUUCUGAUGCUUUUUUCAGCCUCUGAAACCUCCUUUUGAGAAGCUGGGCAGGGCUACAUUCGGAGUAUAAGACGCACGCAGAUUUUCACCCUCUUUUUUGGGGGGGAAAAGGUGCGUCUUAUAUUCCAAAAAACACGGUACGUCUCUAUUAGGUAUGCUUGUUGCCUUGAGUUAUUUCUACAUAUAAUAAAAGGGGAUAUAAAUAUGUAUAUUUUUAUGCAUUUUUAUUUAUUAAGAAAACGUAUAUGGCAAUCCAACUCAAGGUGAUUCCACAUGGUUUAUAGCAGGUCUGUCAAGCUGGAGGCCCGUGGGCUGGAUACGUCAUGCACAGGCCACGCCCACCCCAGCUCUGCAAAGGCAAAAAAUGUGACAUGUCACGAUCCAGCCCGUGACGUGAUCAAGUUUGACACCCGUUUUUUACAUCAAUAAAACCGAAAUAAAUAAAAUAGAGAAAUAAAUAAAUUCCAUAUAUUGCAAGUAGCAAAAUGGCACGUCUCCACAUUUAACAUAUACUUGCGCUGCUGUUGUGAUCCGCCAGCAGCCUACGGAGCUGGCAACGGAGUCGGACAGCGAUGAGGCUGAGGUGGGGCCAGGGCCAUCGGGGAGUGAGGUGCGGACUCCAGAACCUCCAGAGACUGAUAGUAGUGAGGCAGAGGAACAGGAGGAGCCUGUUCCUAAUGCACACAUGAGAAGAGCUGCCAGAAGGCAAGAGCAGCUCAAGCAAAAAGGACAACUCAGGAGUAGGACCAAGAAAUGAUUGGCCCCUCCCAUAAGGCUUAAAACAGACCAGCAACGGCGUUUGGGCGUUGUUUGCUGGAAAACAACGUUGGUAGCUUUGUCUUCUUGCAUUUAUUUUUGUAUCUGUGUCUUCUGAACAUUUGCCAAGAAAGGUCUAAUUGGACCAAGGUUUGCGAUAGGACUGAGGAAUUUGUGUUGGGAGGAAUUUGCUUUAAUUUAGUUGAA